AUGCCAUUCGUUAUGGUUCACGUAUUAGUAAAAACUGUAUUCUUUCAUUUAGAAUUGAAACUGAUCAUAGAAAAUGUUGAGUCGUCAACCAAACAGCGAGUUUUUAAACUUGGAAUAGCCGAAUUUGAUGUACCCCAAUUAUUUUGUCAAUUGGAUCUAUUAAGAAAGCAAGAAGCGGGUGAAUAUUCAUACUGGACAGAAAAAGCAAGAUGGUUGCGAUUUGAAGAAACUGCCGAAAGUGUUCUUGGUCGUUGGUCAAAACCUCAUGUAGCCACACUGAUGCAAACAGCGUUUUUAGAUUUGAAAAAAUGGUUGACAUCGGGUGUUAUUAUACUCAACUUAGCAACUACGGAUAACGCAAGUUUAGGGCAAACUAUUGCUCAAGCGCUGAUGGAUAAAGAAUAUUUUACUGAUGUUAGCAAUGCUCAAAAGUUAGCGAGAAUUUUGACGUUACCACACUUUCAUCAUCACGAAAAACGAUCCGUCACGAAAACAGCGAGUGCUGUUAGCCUAGCCAAAUCAAGUGGACUGAUACACGCAAGUACAAGUUUUGUAAUUCAUUCGAAAAAAGGUUCAUCUGAGUCAUUGCCAAAACCAGCAAGUGCACAAGAAAUGUCACUUCUUGAGCAAGAACAUAAAGUACAAGAAGACUAUCCUAUUAAAGAUCCAAAACUUGAUAAAGAGUACAACGUGAAAUUACAACGCAAAUUGCAACGUCAAUCAGAAGGUGCAAGCAUAUUGAUCUGUCCAGUCGAUUUCGUUACAGAAGUGACUAUGGUCUUUGUUCGAUUGGAUAAUGCUCUGGAAUUGCACGGUCUACUCGAACUCAAAUUACACUCAAGAUUUAUUGUACUGUUUAUGGGACCAGAACAACAGGAGCGACAUCUGAUACAAGUGGGGCGAGCCAUAGCAACAAUACUGACAGAUGACGUAAGUGAGACCUAAAAUGAUACACACUGUAUCAAAGUACAUAAUUCUACAAAAGGAGUAGUCCGCACAAGUCGAUAAUCGGCCCACUUUAUUUUUUGUCUAAAAAUGAUUCUGUGAGAAGUAGAAAACUAUUAUCAGUCGGUUUUAAGUAAUUUUGAGUACUGUUGGUAACUAAAAUCCGAGUAAUUCUUCGUCAAUAGGGCGCCAACAGCUCAUCCCUCAGAGAUCAGGUGUAGAUUACGUAAAAGGUGUUUUUCUCAUGUUUCUUUCACAUAGGAGACAAAGUAAAUAUAUAAUUGGAUAGCCCCUAAAAUUCUCCACAGAAUGUGUGUAGCCCAGCAGUUAACCGCAGUGCUUUAAUAGCAGUAGGGCGCCUAGAAUAAUUCUACCUAUGCAAUAUAUCAAAUAGUCCUUGCUUUUGUGGCCCCUUUUUCUCCCAAACCCUUUUUCACUAGUCAGUUUAGCUCUGGUCCAUUUUCUAGGGCUGGUCCAGUCGCCCUUGAAAUUCUGAACUUGUCAGUUUGUAGCAAAGGAGAGGGCAGAUAAGGUCAUUUUUCGGUUCUUAAUAUUUUUCAUUAAAAACCAUCGAUUUCUGGGUUACUCAAGAUGCUGAACAAAAUGGCCUGUGUAGUUUUCUGAAAUUCAAUAUUUCGUUUCUUUCGACCUGAGGUACCUAUUACUCAGGAAAAGUGAAAAAUUGUUUUCUUUGGUUCUUUACACAUGUACUACUGUACGGUCUGCAGGCGAAAAAUCGCUUUUCUACAAAAAUUGCUCUAAAAUACCUAAAUUGACUCCCACUCAAAAACAGAGGUUGCCACGUUGAUCAGCGUAGUCGAUAACCUAUGUUUCGAGUGUUUUCAA